GACGGAUGGGCAGGGAGGCGCAGCGCCUGUCGGGGCCUGGGCUCAGGAGCUCUGGGAAGGGAGGAGUUAAAGGCACCUUGGGUCCAGGGACUGGGAAAGUAGACGGGAAGGGAGGAGUUAAAGGCACCUUGAGUCCAGGGACUGGGAAAGUAGACGGGAAGGGAGAAUAUGACAUCAAGUUCUGGAGAAGAAAAUGGGCUUGCCCUAGGGUUUUGGGAAGGAAAGAGUUAAGGGCCCUUAAGUAUGGUAGGGGUCAGGUCCUUGGGGCAGAAAGUAUAAUAGAUGAGUGCCAAGAUGCCAGGGAGAGGUUAAGUGUUCCACCAAGGCGCUCAGAGAUGCAGAGUAAAGGGGCAGAGACUUCUAGAUUCUGGAAGGCCCUGUCUCUGCCUUAACCUUGACCUCCCAACCUCUCACCCUGACGGCCUCUCCCUGCAGAUGCCCUGCUCUCUGACCUGGAGACCACAACCUCUCACAUGCCAAGGUCAGGGGCUCUAAAAGAGCGGCCCCCAGAGCCCCUCACGUCUCCUUUGACACAGAUGGGGUCCAGGGAAUCUUCAGGAGCCUCCGGGGACAAGGAUCAUUUGUACAGCACGGUAUGCAAGCCUCGGUCCCCGAAGCCUGCGGCCCCUGCAGCCCCUCCAUUCUCCUCUUCCUGUGGUGUCUUGGGCACGGGUCUCUGUGAGCUAGACCGGUUGCUUCAGGAACUUAAUGCUACUCAGUUCAACAUCACAGAUGAAAUAAUGUCUCAGUUCCCAUCUAGCAAGGAGACUGCAGGGGAGCAGAAGGAAGACCAAUCUGAGGACAAGAAAAGGCCCAGCCCCCCUCCCAGUCCAUCCCCUGUUCUCCCAAAACCUUCGGCCACCUCAGCCACCCUGGAGCUAGAUAGGCUGAUGGCCUCACUCUCUGACUUCCGUGUCCAGAAUCAUCUUCCGGCCUCUGGGCCAACCCAGCCACCAGUGCCAAGCUCCGUGAAUGAGGGCUCCCCCUCCCCACCAGGGCCCGCUGGCAAAGGCAGCCUAGACACCAUGCUGGGGCUGCUUCAGUCUGACCUCAGCCGCCGAGGUGUACCCACCCAAGCCAAGGGCCUCUGUGGCUCCUGCAAUAAACCCAUUGCUGGGCAAGUGGUGACGGCACUUGGCCGUGCUUGGCACCCUGAGCACUUCGUUUGCGGUGGCUGUUCCACAGCUCUGGGAGGCAGCAGCUUCUUCGAGAAGGAUGGGGCUCCCUUCUGUCCCGAGUGCUACUUCGAGCGCUUCUCCCCACGAUGUGGCCUCUGCAAUCAACCCAUCCGACACAAGAUGGUCACUGCCUUGGGCACCCACUGGCACCCGGAGCAUUUCUGCUGCGUCAGUUGCGGGGAGCCCUUCGGAGAUGAGGGUUUCCACGAGCGGGAGGGCCGCCCCUACUGCCGCCGAGACUUCCUGCAGCUCUUCGCCCCGCGCUGCCAGGGCUGCCAAGGCCCCAUUCUGGAUAACUACAUCUCGGCGCUCAGCGCACUCUGGCACCCAGACUGUUUUGUCUGCAGGGAAUGCUUCGCGCCCUUCUCGGGAGGCAGCUUUUUUGAGCACGAGGGCCGUCCGCUGUGCGAGAACCAUUUCCACGCGCGGCGCGGGUCGCUGUGCGCCACGUGUGGCCUCCCGGUGACCGGCCGAUGCGUGUCGGCCCUGGGCCGCCGCUUCCAUCCGGACCACUUCACCUGCACCUUCUGCCUGCGCCCGCUCACCAAGGGCUCCUUCCAGGAGCGCGCGGGCAAGCCCUACUGCCAGCCCUGCUUCCUCAAGCUCUUCGGCUGACCGCCUGCCGGGCUCGCCCCUUUGGGAGAGCGCGGCCCCCAAAACCUCGCCCUUCCCGAAAAGACCGGGCUCUCCAGACCCCAAGGCCUUGCUCUUAGAGCGUGGGGCUCCCCCAGCCCAGCUCCGUGAGGCCCCACCCCCUGGAGGGACCGGCCCCGAAGGUGCUGUACGUUCUCCAUGGGCGAGUUCAGAAAAAGCCCCGCCGAUCCUAAGGCCACGCGCCCCACGAAGUGGGUCGUACACUGGCAAGUGAUCCCGCGUGAGCCCUUCACUUUAUUCCCAGCCUUGAGGGAGCCCCCCGACUGGAGGAGGGCCCUUGCAAUUCCCACGAAUCCGAGGCCAGGCCAGGAUGUCCCUCUCCCCGCCCCUCACUGCUCAGUGCACUUUUUUCUACCUACAUAAACACACAUUCCACGUCACACAGGUGCUGUGUCUCUGCGCGGGAGUGCCUCGCGUCGCGACGCCCCGCCCUUAUACUGGCUCCAGCCAGUGAUACGUUCUAGGCCACCGCCCUGUGGCGGGAGCCGGACCUUCAGACUCAGCCCUUGCAGGCUGCCCUUCACCUGUCAGAUGCGCCUGAGGCUGGAAAAGCUGGCCACCUGCGCAGCAUUGUACAGACGGUGACGAGCCGGGACGGGAGCUCAAGCAGGACCCACCAAACCUUCCCGUCCCCAGCCCCCCAUCCUUUAGUUCCUUAUAUCCUCGAAAUAAGCACUUAAUCUGUACCCCUCCCACUCCCUUCCACCUUGCCACCUUGGCUGGUUUCCAGAUUUUUCCCCCUCCUUAAAAGACCCUCAGAGAUGGGGCUCCAUUCAAGUGCCAAUUUAUGCCCACCCUUUGGAUCUGGGCAUUAAAUUACAGCUUCCCUCA